GUCUGUCCCUGUUCUGACAUUCAUCAUUCCUAAAUUCGCCUCCUUUGCAACCAAUCUGUUGAAUUUCUUUAGUAAUUUGUUAAAAAAAAAGCGCUUUAAAAUAUAUUUUUUCGUGUUAUUAAUACCUGAUUCGAAUUUUGUGCACUUAUAUUGCUUUAAAAAUUAAAAUACAGACUUUUGUGCCGAAAAAUGGAGGAUAUAUUUCAUUGGUGUCGUGAGGGAAACUCGAUACAAGUGCGUCUGUGGCUGGAAGAUACGGGCAAUGAUAUGAAUUUGGGUGAUGAUCAUGGCUUCAGUCCUCUUCACUGGUGCGCCAAAGAGGGUCACACAAAAUUAGUAGAAACUCUAAUACAACGUGGAGCACGCGUUAAUGCCACCAACAUGGGCGAUGAUAUUCCGCUACAUCUGGCUGCGGCACAUGGACAUCGUGACAUUGUGCAAUUGCUAAUUCGCGAGCGCUCUGAUGUCAAUGCUGUAAACGAGCACGGCAAUACACCACUGCAUUACGCUUGCUUCUGGGGCUAUGAUAUGAUUUGCGAAGACUUAGUAAAUGCUGGCGCACUCGUUUCCAUCGCCAACAAGGACAAUGAUACACCAUUGGAUAAAGCAAAGGCUGGUUUGUCAAAGCGUUUGCACGACUUAGCUGAACGUAACGGUCAUGAUAUUAAAAAGAUAAGCUUUAAGGAGCAAAGUUGGUUGGGUACGAAAACCCGUUCACGCGAUGCAACACUCUCCCGUUUUAAGGGUAUCAGUUUGGGUGAAUUAGAUUUACACACGAAAAUUGCAGUAACCCCAUCUGGCGAGACAUGGCGUGGACGUUGGCAAAAGAAUGAUGUUAUUGCAAAGAUCUUAGCCGUUCGCCAGUGCACUUCACGUAUAUCGCGUGAUUUUAAUGAAGAGUUUCCUAAGCUCCGCAUUUUCUCACAUCCAAAUAUACUGCCAAUAAUUGGUGCUUGCAAUCAGCCGCCAAAUCUAAUUACAAUUAGCCAAUUUAUGACACGUGGUUCGCUCUUUAAUUUGCUGCAUCGUGCUACUGGCAUUGUUGUGGAUACAGCGCAAGCAGUGCGUUGCGCCUUGGAUAUAGCGCGUGGUAUGGCAUAUCUACAUUCGUUAGAGCGCAUCAUACCAACGUAUCACCUUAACAGUCAUCACGUUAUGAUCGAUGAUGACCUAACGGCACGCAUAAAUAUGGGUGAUGCAAAGUUCUCCUUCCAAGAGAAAGGCCGCAUGUAUCAACCUGCUUGGAUGUCACCGGAAGCAUUGCAGCGCAAACCGGCGGAUCGCAAUUGGGAAGCGUGUGAUAUGUGGAGUUUUGCAAUAAUUCUAUGGGAGUUAACUACACGUGAAGUGCCUUUCGCAGAAUGGUCGCCGAUGGAGUGCGGCAUGAAAAUUGCAUUGGAGGGGCUGCGUAUUAAAAUACCUCCAGGAACUUCGUCACAUAUGGCUAAAUUGAUAACGAUUUGCAUGAAUGAGGAUGCUGGCAAGCGACCGAAAUUCGAUAUGGUCAUACCGAUUUUGGAUAAAAUGAAACGCUAGGAAGGCGAGGAGUUUAAUGAAAGUGCCUGCAAUGCGUUAAAAACAAAAUUUGCGAAAUACGAAAAUAUUGCCAAGUUAAAUUACAAAGUACUGAAAACAGUGCCUGAAUCGUUUAAAUUUUUGUUGAACGAAAAAUAAAAUUUUAAUUAGUUAUGUACAUAUAUGCAUACUACUAAAGUAACUGCACAAAGGAUAUUGUAACUUGUAAUGUUUUUUAGCAAUUUAUACGCACGAAUUUACACUUCUGAUCUGAAAAUGUUUCGUAUUUAUACAAUGUGUAUUUUUGUAUAACCGUAGUCAAAUCGCAGAUGUCGCAUGUUAAAUAUUUAAGUAAUUUUUAGUGAAUUCUUGUUUUAACUUUUAAACUUCACUGUCUACUACCCACCUAAAUAUUUAAGCAUAACAAAUCUAUUUAUUUUUAAAUGUUUGUGAAUAUACUAAUGUGCUGUUUUAUAUGGCAAAUUUAUUAUAUUUUAAUGCGAGGCAUUUUUUCGGUGCUCUUAACCACAUUUGUAUUUCAUUAAACUAUUUUAAAUGUCUUUUAAUGCACAUACGUAUGUGCAUAAAAUAUGUAUUUCUAACUGU